CACAGAGUCACGUCUGGAUCUGAUGAAAGACCACAAAAGCCCGUUAACACUCUCCAUGUUCACCAAACUCAAAUCUCUCUCAGCUCGGAGCAGUGAAAUAUCUUUGGCUACCAAACUCUCUCAUUUAAAACACCAAAGGACAGAAGUUGCAACCAGUGCAUUUGUACAUCCUCCAGAGACCACUUCAAAUGAGGAUAUAUGUCCCCAGGACACUGUAGAAAACAAUGCUAUUCUAGACAUCAAUAAUGGAGAACAACACCAUAACACUGGCCGGAAUCGUGACUUCAUCCCGGGCUGCAGUACAAAUCCUCUGCCAGAUGAAAAGGAAGCGAACAAUGUCACAGCAUCAUGUGAUUGGCUGCAUCACUAUGACGAUGCUGUGGGGAAGCUGGUCUACAUCAACAAAGUGACAGGACUCAGUAAAUAUGAAGCACCCUCUGCUGAAGAGACACAAGUGUCUUGCACGUCAGAUGUCACCAACAUGGCAAUCAGUGUCAUCUCCAAAAAAGGGAUUGAGUACAGGUGUUACCCAUUUCAAAUGGAUCUAGUCUUGCCCUUCCUUCCCAAAUCUAAGUCAGGGAGAGUUCUUAGUUCAGGGCCUGACAAUAGAGAUGACAUUCAGGACUCUAAUUCACUGUCCUCCCUGUACUCUGAGUGGACUAACCCUGUGUUUGCACGACCUCCUAUGGUUGGUGUGGACAUAUCAAGUGUGCAAGCUGAAGGACUGGCUGUGAAGAUCCAUAACAUCCUCUUUCCAUACCGCUUCUCCAAGGACAUGAUUCACUCAAUGAAGGUUAUUCAUCAAGUGGAUAAGAAGUUUCUUGCAUGUCUUAUCAACACACAAGACCAAGAGCCUGCGGCCUGCAGCGAAACUGAUGAUUCGUACGAGGAUGAUCCAGAGACACCGGGGGAGAGCGGCUAUGCUCAUCCUGUAGCCCCACCACUGGAGGUGGCGUGA